AGCCUGUGUUUGUGUUGCAGUACCAAUGACAGGAUUCACUCAGCGUGCCACCAUCGACCCAGAGCUCAAUGAGAUCCACGUUCUAUCAGGACUCAGCAAAGACAAAGACAAACGCGAGGAGAAUGUACGCAACUCCUUCUGGAUCUACGACAUUGCACGCAACAACUGGUCAUGUGUUUAUAAGAAUGACCAGGCGGUGAAAGAAAACCCCACUAAGGCCCUACAGGAAGAGGAACCUUGUCCUCGUUUUGCUCAUCAGCUUGUCUAUGACGAGUUGCACAAGGAUUGGCUGAUUAGAAAUCUGACCCGAUAACCCAAAGUUUGUAGGAGUCAACCCACACUUACAUCAAGGAAG